ACUGGGGCGACGAGAUGCCUCGGUCGGUCGGUCUCACGGUUUGAAGUCCGUUCUUAGCUGGUCUCCAUCUUCGGCCAUUCUUUACCAUCUUCUCCUGUGACAAAGCUGACCAAGCCCGAGUCUACUUCUACUCCUGCACAACAUCCGAGGUCUAACGAGAUUUUCUCUCUGUAUAAUAAUCCUCUCUUAUACUUUUUCUCCGCCUCAGUCAACUUCUGUCCUUUGUUUUGCGCAUAUACCCCAGUACUCAACUCUCUCCCUCACACACACUUACCUAUCCUUACAUCAUAGCAAAAAUGGGUGUCACCGACAGAAUCAUUCAGAUUGGAGGCCAGAUCUCUGGCAACCCGACUGCUGGCGGUCGCGAGAAGAUCCUCCAGAAGAACCCUGACGAUAUCGUUGUCACCGCCGCCUGCCGAAGCGCAUUCACCAAGGGAGGCCGCGGCGGUUUCAAGGACACCCCCGCUGCUGAUCUCAUGGCUGGUGUUCUCAAGGCCAUCCUCGACCGCUCAAAGAUCAACCCUGCUCUCGUCGAGGACCUAUGUGUCGGAACCGUUCUCGCUCCCGGUGGCGGCGCAACUGAGAUGCGCGCCGCCAGCUUGGUCGCCGGUUUCCCUGAAUCUAUCGCCGUCCGAACCCUCAACAGACAGUGCUCUUCUGGUCUCCAGGCUACCGUCGAUGUCGCCAACCAGAUCAAGACUGGCAUGAUCGAUAUUGGUAUUGGUGCUGGUGUUGAGAGUAUGUCCCUGAACUAUGGCCCUGGCGCUGUCUCCGAGUUCUCAGAAGCCUUUGAGAACCACCCCGAGGCUGCCAACUGUAAGGUGCCCAUGGGUGUCCUCUCUGAGCAGAUGGCCAAGGACCUCAACGUCACCCGAGCUGCACAGGACGCCUUCGCUGCCUCAUCAUACCAGAAGGCUGUCAAGGCCCAAAAAGCGGGACUCUUUGACGAGGAGAUUGCUCCUCUCAAGGUCAAGUUCGAGGACAAGGAGGGUAACACCAAGGAGAUUACCGUCUCCAAGGAUGAUGGUGUCCGAGAUGGCAUCACUGCUGAGUCUCUGGGCAAGAUCCGCCCUGCUUUUGCUAAGGACGGUUCUAUCCAUGCUGGUAACGCCAGUCAGAUUUCCGAUGGUGCUGCCGCUGUCCUCCUCAUGAAGCGAUCCACUGCCGAGAAGCUUGGACAGAAGAUCCUCGGCAAGUACGUUUGCGCCUCGAUUGUUGGUGUCAAGCCCCUUCUUAUGGGACAGGGCCCCUGGAAGGCUAUCCCCAAGGCUCUCGACCUUGCCGGUAUCUCCAAGGAUGAUGUCGAUAUCUGGGAGAUCAACGAGGCUUUUGCCAGCCAGUGCUUGUGGUGUGCCAACGAGCUGGGUAUUCCCCAAGAGAAAAUCAACCCCAAGGGAGGUGCUAUUGCCUUUGGUCAUCCCCUAGGCUGCACUGGUGCCCGACAGGUCUCUACUCUUCUAUAUGAGUUGAAGCGAACAGGCCAGAAGGUUGGCGCAACAUCUAUGUGUGUAGGAACUGGUAUGGGUAUGGCCGCCAUCUGGGUUGCCGAGUAGAGUUUGUGUACAAAUAUUUACAGCAUGUAUUAAGAGCAUUUAGUAUUUAUCUCAAUUUAUCCUUUCUAGAACCCUUCUAU